CUAUAUUUCCAGCGGGUCCUGCACAUUGAUACGCCGUAGAAGAAGACUUAGUAUUGUAAACACAAGGAUAUGGCUGACGAGAGGGGUGGAGGGGAAGACAACGCCAACGACAACAUGGGGAACCAGUUACAGCUCUUACCAGACAAUGAGGAGGAGGAAGAGGAGGAUGACAUGGAGACCGAAGAUCGAGACAGUGAGGAGGCAGAAAAGCCCAACAUCAUCACCUUUGACCCUAGUCUUCCCACAUCACAUUCAUACCUGGGUUCAGACAUGGAGGAGUUUCAUGGCCGUACGGUCCACGAUGACGACAGCUGUCAGACCAUUCCCGUGCUGCCACACACAGCUGUGAUGCUGGUGCCGGGCCAGACGCUGCCUCUGCAGCUCUUCAGGCCGCAGGAGGUCAGCAUGAUGAGGAGCGUCAUCCAGAGAGAUCGCACUUUUGCUGUGCUCGCACACAGCGAUACAGGUGAGCCGGAUGCAGAGUUUGGAACUACGGCUGAAAUCUAUGCAUACAGAGAGGAGCAGGAGUACGGCAUUGAAACAGUCAAAGUGAAGGCUAUAGGGAGGCAGCGAUUUAAGGUCCACGAGAUAAGAACUCAAGCAGAUGGGAUCAAACAGGCUAAAGUGCAGAUCCUUCCAGAACGAAUCCUUCCAGACCCCCUCUCCGCUGUGCAGCUAACGCCUCUCUCCAGGCUCCACAUGCACCCUUCUUCCAAACCUCCAAGUCAGAGCUGCAAACAGGCUCAGUGCUGGUGGAAUAACUACAAACAGAGAAAGUUUCACUGUGCCAGUCUGACGCCAUGGCCACCCUGGGUCUACGCACUCUAUGAUUCAGAGUCGCUUAUGAACAGGGUGAAGAAACAGCUUCACGAAUGGGAUGAGAAUCUGAAGGAUGAUUCCCUCCCGGCGAAUGCAGUAGAUUUCUCCUACAGAGUAGCAGCCUGUCUGCCCAUAGAUGAUGCUCUGCGGCUCCAGCUAUUAAAGAUUGGCAGCGCCAUCCAGAGACUUCGCUGUGAGCUAGACAUUAUGGAUCGGUGCACGUCGCUGUGCUGUAAACAGUGCCAGGACACGGAAAUCACCACAAAAAAUGAGAUCUUCAGCCUGUCCUUGUACGGCCCCAUGGCUGCGUACGUCAACCCUCACGGUUACGUCCACGAAACGCUGACUGUCUACAAAGCCAACAACCUUAACCUGGUUGGAAGGCCAUCUACGCUGCACAGCUGGUUUCCAGGGUACGCCUGGACGAUUGCUCAGUGUCGAACCUGCGGAUCCCACAUGGGUUGGAAGUUCACAGCCACCAAGAAGGACUUGUCUCCACCUCGUUUCUGGGGUCUGACCCGUUCAGCCAUGCUCCCUCGUAUCCCACAGAGUGAAGGGGAGGAGGGCAGAGAGGGUUCUCGCCUCUUCUGUCUGUGAUACCAGACCAUCUAUUUGCCUCAUUCAGAAAAUUCCUGCAAACUUCCCACAGUCUGCAUCUUUAGCCACUGUCUGGCUGCAGUUUCUUCAAUCACAAUGCCUGUCACCCCUGGCAACAAAUUCAGCAUAUUAGCAGAAAGGUCAUUUUGGCCUUCAGAUGGCAAUUUUUAAGUGCAUAUUUGAACAGGCUGGAUGUAAUUAUUAUUCUAAAAGGUUCUUAAAAUGCGGAGGCAGUGUCGAGGUUGAAAGCAGUCUGUUAGAGUGAGAGUCAAACUGAGACUUGCAGAAUAGACCAUGAUAUGUGGUUAAGAUCCCAGCAUGCAGCUGCCUGAUCUGCACCUCUUUCCAGCUGUUUUCCAAAUAGAAGAACACACAGACCCACAGGGGGACGCUGAAUGCAUAAUAUUCUUUACCUUCACCUCCUCUCCUCUGUCUUAGCUGGCUGCAUGCAGCUAAAAUUGAGAUGUCGUCAGCAAGCUGCGAUGGCCUCUUUAAGCUGUUGUAAAAUCCACACACAGUAAUUUAAUAGUCUAGCAUUCAGAUCCUUUGUGAGUUUCUCAGAUAGGAUUUCUAAUAUUAUUAUCAGCUGCGAGAGACCGGUGGAGAAAACUGUUAGAAAGAGAGUGCACUCAUGUAUGUGUAGAUCUGUCACGAUAGGAGAUAUUUUGAAUUUUGGAAUUACAGCGGAUGUAUUUUUGUAUGCAAGAAGGUUGGAAAUUAAGCUAACAUAUUCAUUGAUGUUUGGUGAAACUGCAAUUUGUUAUCACAGUGGAUUUGUUUUGUUCGAAACAAAAGAAACUGAAGUGACAAUAAUGAUAUUGUGUAAUAUAUCUGAUAUAAUCUUGUGUCUGUUUUGUAUUCACUAGAGACUCAUUAUCCCAUCUGGAGACGAGUAUCAUCUUUGAUUGCACGAGUGAAAAUUAGCGAUGCAUUGGUGCCUUGCGGCAGACUGUUUAUCAAAGGUCAAAGCCCACUGAGACAGAGCAAGAGGAGCAUUUACCCUUCUUUUAGUUUGUUCACGCGUGGUAUGUUAAAAUGGUGUGCCUACGCUUCAGCUCGGUGUCUUUUGAAGUGCGAGGAAUCGGAUUCAGAAAGGCAAAACGAUGAUAAGAUUUAAGAGUUAUUAUUAAUAUUAUUAUUUUAAUAUUCUCUUGGGUUUGUAGGGUGACAGUUUUCAGGAUUCUGUUGCAAGGGUAAUGGCUCACGUCUGUAUUUAUGUACGGUAAAACUGAGGCAGUAUUUGUUGUUUAUAUGGCUGUCGACCGACUGUUUGUAGAGUCUAAUUUAUUUAUUUUUUUGCAAAACUCUUUUGCUGAUUCUUUGUUAGGAAAUUAUCUUUUUAUGAGUAAGCUGAGUAACACAAUGAGAAAUCAUCUCGAAUGUUUGUCUGAUGACAUGUUUUUGGAUAGAGAACAUCAUUUUUUGGAUAAACGCGUCUUUUUCUUCACUUUUUCUGCUGAGAGAGGAAAACAUUGUUCAUGUCUGUGGAUCACAUUAAAGUGGCAAUAGAUACAUUUUAACUUUACCCCUCUACCCUUCCAGCAAUGCUGCAAAAACUGCAACACUUUCUGUUUACCCCCCCCCCCCAAAAAAAAAACAACAACAACAACAACAACAACAAAAAAAACCCCAGCAUAGUUUAUCACCACCCCUGUUUCUUUCUACCCUUGAUUGUUACUCUGGUUGUUCUGCAGUCUUCUAUUAUCGCUGCCUGGUGUAAGCUAUAGUAGUAUGCGCAUCUACAGACUGGUUUGCAACCAUCUAGCAACCACCAGUUACAAGGGAAAAAUGAGCAUUUCCUGACUGAUUGAGAGUGGUUGCUGGGGGUUAAUGGUAGCUGCUGGGGAAGUGGUUGCUAAAGAUCCAGUUGUGCAGGCCUAUUCAGUGACCCCAUGGCAACCAGCAGGCACCAGGAGAAAAACUGCCAACUAGUUGACCAAAAUCUCCUUGUGAUUGCUUUGGUUGCUAGCAUAUUGCUGUGGUUGUAGUUUGAAUUGAAGUGUGUGAGUGUGACACAGACAGGAAAUAGAGAAAGUUCACCUUCACAGUAAAAGUUGUCUCAGCUCUGCAGCUAAUUUAUUCAAGCCACAGUUUUUCUUCAAGUUGGGCUAGUGUAUAGGAAGUAUUUGCAGACGAACAUUAAAACCACAUGCAACACCUGUGGGUUUUGGUGAAACAUCAUGUUUGCUUACGAUUUCAUCCAGUGAGAGCCAGAGACCUCCGCGAACUGGUGCCAAACAUUCGAGGAACAUAUCCCAUUUAAAUUUGGCUACACCUACCCUCAAAUGAUGUACAAAUGAUCCAAACAGGUCUUCCAGAAAGCCGUCAUGAGACAGAAGCUGCCCAGGAACGGGAGAAGUCCUUUAAGGGACAGAAGGUGCUUGGCCAUGUUUAAAUCAAGUAUACUUUCUGCUCUUUCAGGAUGGAGUCAUAGAAUUUUUAUCAUUGGAGCCUCUGAUAGCCACUACAUUGUAAUAGCUACUUUCAGCUGCUGCAUCAGUCAAAGGGGGCCACCACAUAUUUGACUUACAGUUGAUACCCUUCCUUAUGCAACCCCAAAGGGAUAUGUUUCUCCUCCUGGGAUUUAACCAGGGAUUGUUUGCUUGUCAGGCAAAUGUGUAAAUGUGUACAUUAUGUAAUCCACAUUUUCUUAAUGAGGAUUUAAAGUAAUUAUUGCCACUUUAAGCCACAUCCACUGUCUGUUAAACAGAAAGCUGGAGGAAACUGCUUGUAUGUGACAGUAAUUUAACUCAAAAAUUGAAAAGCAAGAUUAGUGGUUCAAUCAGGCAGAGGCUCAUAAUAUUACUACUUAACUAUUAAACUUUAAAGAAAGGAGAUGAUGGUACAAAGUUGUUUUUUUUUUCUUUUUUGUUUUGGCCUUAGGACAGAGGCACAUUAGUUGUUUUCACUGGUUUCCAGUCUUCACGCUAACCUAACCAGCAGCUGGUUCUGGGCUUUCUUCUAACAGACAUGUCAUAUUUCUCUCAGCAUUAAAAAAACAAACAAGCCCAUUUCAAAAAAGAAUCUAUUUCUCUAAAGGGGAGCAACUUACAAUUUCAAAUUUCAUCCUUGUUAUUCUUACUGCUGAAACAUGAAGUGUACAGAGUUGUAUUGAUACUUGGUGGGGAAAUACCUUUGUUAUUUAAUAGUUUAUCUAGAUGUAAUCCAAUCACCAAUCUUCAUAUUAUUGCUGUUCCCUCAAAAAUCUGAAAAUGUGAGCUUCCGAGUAUUUAUUUUUUAAGCUUUUACUCAUAAUCUUCAUAUUUCAUAUCAAAACACUUUGUUUCGUCGAGCAGAUAUAUCCGCUUUGAGAGGAGCUCAGAAAUUUAAAUGACUGUCUUGUGAUCUUUUGAUGAUAUUCUCCAUCAUAUAACUGAUUUGAGUGUUUGCCAUGCCGUCUGAUUUACACUCACAUAUUAAAAACUAUAACCUGGAUGCUUCACUGGAUAAAUCAUCUGUUUGCAAAAGCCUUUGCUCGUUUCACCAAGCCAUUCGUUGUACCACAAAUUUAAAUAAACACGCAGGUUCCAAGCAGUAGCUCUUGUCUGAUUUACAUGUUUGUCUAAAGAGGACAUCUGUGGGAGGUUUUUGAGAUGAUCUGCUGAGCUGUAACAUGCAGGUAGAGCUAACCAACUACCAUGCGCCUUCAUUGCAGCGUGCAGUAUGCAGAUGUGACUACGUGCAACUAUGCAGAUGCACGUGGCUGGAGGAUCAUUGAUAUUCUGUAGCACGUGUGAGAAUCUAAUCAGUCCAUGUAUGGGAGCGGAGAAUUGUCAGCCACUGUGGCCUUGAACGUGAGGGCCCAUCGGAGAGGAGCAUUUAUAGUAAAAAAAAAAAAAAAAAAUGUUCACUUGGUUUCACACGUGGACUACGUGACCUAUGGUCGUGGUUAAAAAGUAAAAACACCUCAUCCCAGAUCUUCUGGUCAUUAUCAGGUCUUAAAUGAGGUUAAUACACCCUCAGAACAAAAACACAUGAAAUAUUACACUAUGUCAUUAUGAAUUUAACAUAAGUUGAGCAAAAAUACAGGUCCCAUAAGUAAAAUUUACCCAUGCCUCCAAGAAUAAAUGCUUACAUAUACUAUAUUUCUCAUAGUAUGAUUUUGUCAUGAAUGUUGCCCCCUUGUUUUUCUCUGUAAAACAUUAGACAGCUUCAUUCAUUUUUAUACGAAAAAUGGAAGGCACCGUACGAUGACCAUUUGAAAAACAAACAAAAAAAUUAUUCAAAACAAAAACAAAUUAUUCACAGUCACCACAGCAGGAACCUCUGCAGUAUUUAAUUUGGCAGAUUUUUACGCCAGAUGCCCUUCCAGAUGCAACCCCCAGGGGAUUUGUGUCCUCCCAGGAGGGGAGGCUUGUUAGGAAAAUGUUUAAACUGCUACACCACAGAAAACAAAUAUUUAGCAUACUGUUGUUUGCAUAUUGGUCAGCUUGUUUUGUGGCUUUAGCAGUUGUUUUGUUUCUCUCUUUCCUCCUUUAUGAAAGGGAUGAUGAGGUGGUGCUUUUCCCUUAGUCGUCUGCGACCAGUUUCUGUAAAGUCGUUCCUCGAUUUGUGGUCAACAAAAAUCACGUAAAUAUAGAAAAUCCUCCCUACAGUUCUCUAUUGGAAUUUGUUUAGAUAUAAAUGUAGAUAUUCAUUGAUAGGCUAACUGGUAAAGUGCUUUAAUUUUUUCUUUUGAGUAAGUUUAAAUGUACUUUUUCUUUUUUUUUUUUACAAUUAGUCCAAAUUGAUGACAGCUGACUCAUUAUUAUUAUUAAUUAAAGUGAGGUUUUUAUUCUCACAUAAGUUUCAUAUUGUAAAAAAUAUAUAUAUACCUGUGUGUGUAUGUAUGUAUGUAUGUAUGUGUUGUGUGUGUAUAUCUAUCUAUAUAUAUUACACAUAUGCUAACAGGUCACUUUAUUAGGUACACCCGCUCAGCACUUUUAAACACACGUCUAAUUAGCCAAUCAUAUUGCAGCAAUGCCAUGCAUUUAGGCAGGUGCACAACCUGCAAAAGUUCAAACUGGUCAUCAGAAGGGAGACAGAUUUAAAUGACUUUGAAUGUUGUUGGUGCCAGACAGGCUGCUCUGAGCAUUUCGGAAACUACUGAAGUGAUGGUACUUUCCCCACACAUGCAUCUCUCAGGUUUACAGAAAAUGUCCAG